AUGACAACGAGGGAGCUGCUUUUUGAUUUCAUUACUUUGCUCGAAAAAAUUGACUUUAUAGGAUGUCUCGGGUAAAUAUGAUUGAAAAAAGCCCUAAAGAGAUUUCUGUCACUAGUGCUAAAAAGAAGAAGAAUGGUCUUCAAAAAAAUGUUUCCCAUAGAAAUAAUAUUCAUGACAUCAGAAAUACACAUUUAACACCAAUAAGAAAGACGCCUGUAAAAGGUGACUUUAGAAAACCACCAAAGGACAGUUUUUCGUCAAGGCUUACAGAUCACCACAAAAGUAAAUUAAAGCUACCAAAGGCUGUUCUUUCCAAUAUGCCACAUAAAAGUGAAUUUCUAAACAAUGAUGAAGAAAGGGAGCUUUUUGCUAAGCAAAGAUCUAUUAUCUAUCAAUUAAAUGAGAUUAUGAAGAGAUCAGAAAUAGCCAAUUAUGAGGCAUUCAUAAACUCGGAGCACACAACUGAUCACUAAUAUAUCAAUCAGAUGCUUUGAAGAAGGUGCACUCUGUAUUCAUGAUGAUUAUGGUUGUGUUCAAAGCCUAAUACGUUAUAUACUUAAGCCAUUUUGGUGUGAUUGUUUCCAAUAAAAUAUGUACUCUUGU